ACCUCUGGAGGAGGCUUAAAAAGCCCCUGGCACAUGGAGCAGAAAGUGGGGGCAGAGCCAACCAGCAAAGCCCAGAAGCCUGGAAAAAACCCAUAAAAGAAAAUAGGCCUGGCUACCCCUAUAGGUGUCUGCCUGUCCCUCUGCCAGGGACACGGGGAGACCAAAUAACCUAAUGGAAAUAUAGAGCUGCAAUUGCAUCCUCAGCCGGGGCAGCUCCCCUGGGCUCGCUGCAAUCCAGCCAACACGGCCCAAGGCUUCCUGAUACCCAGGAGUCUGCUCACAAGAGGAGGCCGAGGUGAUUUAGGACCAAAGAAGUGAGAUGGAGACCUCCUAUACUAGACCCCAGCUCUUGAAAGCUUCAGGCUGUAGUCUCUCAAGGGGCUGUGAGCAAAUGAGGCACAGAUCCACCACAAUUUUCCAGCCACUUCCUCCUUUCAUACCAGCCUGAGGUCUAGGGAGGAUGGCAGCCCUGAGCACCUCCAUCUAGGUCCUUAACAUGGCCCGCCCUGGGGAGAAAAGAGUGCGUGUGCAUUGAGAAGGUGAUGUAGAGUUGCGUUUGCUCAUCCCGGCAGAGCUGGGGGUGAUGCUAGGGGUGCAACGUCCCUUUGACCAGUUGCACUGGGCCACAUGUCCACUCUGGGAUUUCUCAGCCGUGAAGGAGACAAUCUUCAAAGAGAUGCCAGCACUGGGGAUCACGAGCUAGAAAACCUAACCCUAAAGUGCUAGUGCCUGUUGGCCAAAGCAGGUCACAGGUGCAAUCAGGUGGCGUUAUAGGAGGAAUAUGGCAUAACGGGGUGGCUAUCCCAGCAGGGAAUAUCCACAGACCAGCUGUUUGCAAACUGCCAGUGACUCAGCUCUGCGGCUCAUCCCCGCCGUCACGCCAGGGAAGAGACAGGAGCCAAGAACAAAGUUGACUGUCGUUGUCAUUGCUUUGUCUCUCGGUAUCAUUAAGUCAUAACAGCAAAUUAAUGACUGGUCCUGGCUCUGCUGUGAUGAGGAGACUGUAAAUAGCCCAGCACAAUGAAGUCAGCCCCCUGAAACAGAGGUGGAAAUGAUGCUUCUUGCACACCACUGUGUUUUGUCUGAAUAAAAUACAAGCUUGACGCAAUCAAAUGUAUCAGCACAACCACCCCUGUCCCCAAGCAAACCAAGGGGAUCUGGCCCCACUUGGGGUAACUUUGGACCUGAUGUCAAAGCUGACUCGCCGGCCUGGAAUAGGCUGCAACCUGCUGCCUGCCGAGCUGGGGGGAGUCAGGAGAGGGGGAAGACCCCCGCACGCCAGCAAUCAGCUAAAUGAAAUGCAUGUCCAUCUCUUCCCCAGCACCAUUCUGGCACUCACUCCAUCUCGGGCUAAUUAAGACAGGGAAGGGCCGUGAUAAAUGACCCAACUCCAUUACCCUGAUCGGCCCCGCACCGGUGGCACGCGGUAACGUGCGUGCGAGAGAAGCACUUCCACGCCAAUGCAGAAGUCACCGGGGCUGAGCCGUCGGAAAGACACCUCACAGGAUACACGCUGUCGCCACAUCCCAGGCGUGUGUGCGCGGACGUGAGCGCGAUGCACAAUUCGGGAACGCUGGCGCACCCGGGAUCAGCUGGAUUGGAAAGAUGUUGACCGAGUUCCUCUGACGUCCGCGACGGGGUUGAUCUGUCCAUUUCCCAAGGAGUGAAUCAUAUUGACAGGUUGAAUUAUAUUUCAAGAAGGGUUUUUUUUUUUCCCUUCUCCCCCCUUCUCCCUCCCUCCAAAGACCAUUUGUAAUCGCGGCACAUUCCCUGCCUUUUAAAAGCGAGCUCAGCCAGCGCUGGUCACAUUGAAGCCCUCCAUCCUGUGCAAAAGAAGGAGUCUCCUGAGCGGUGGGGACAUGGGCAGGAUCGGUUCAGCCCAGCUUUGCUUUGGGAUGCUUGCAGUCUUGGCCAUCGUGGUCUACAUCCCUUCCACACAUGGGAAGCCUUUUUUACUGCAAGGUAAGCUGAAAGCGCGGCCUGAAUGUCAUCUUCUGUAUGUUACAGAGAACCAGGUGUUUCCAGAGAGAGAGGACGCUGGUCACCAAGAUGCCCUGCUGACUCUGCUCCUUGAUAAAAACCCUGCCUGGAGGCACCCAGCCAAUAUCGACUUGGAGCUGGCGAAGAAAUACGAGGAGCUGCAGCAGCUGGCGAGGCUGAAGGAGCAGCUGCUGGCGGACGAGGGCUCUGACAUGGCCUAUCCCUUGGAGAGCCUGGCUGCAUCGCACCCGCAGAAGCGUGCCUGCUUUUGGAAAUACUGUGUCUGAGGCCUGGCCCAAGGGGAGGAGGAAGAGGAGAUGAGCCCCACACUGCCAGGCUGCGGCCUCGCUGCUUCAUCGUCCUGCUGUUCCCCCGUGGAGUGAGGAUGGGCAGGGGUCCGGCUACACCACCACAGCCCCCUCCCUGUGGGCACCAGCUUCCCCCUCCGGGCUCUGCUGCACCCCGUCUUCCCAGCUCUGCCUUGCUUUGUUUUUUAGCGUGCUCCCUGGGUGUCCCUGCCUCCUCCAGCACUGCUCCAUGCUUCCUUUCACCCCCGUGCCCCCCAUCCCUCCGAGCCCUGGGAGGAUGCCCGGCCAGCUCCUGCCCUCUGCAAGAGUUGGGCAUGGUGGUGUCAGGGAUCCCUGCUCCCCUUCCCCACCUGACAGCAGCAACCCGUGUCCAGGAGGGCAAUGGGCCCGGAGCUGGCACCGGUGGGCUGAGCGCGGUGUGGGGGCCCACGGGCUGACGUGUCUGUGUGCGAGUCCUGUCCGUGUGCACUGUAUGCAUCCUUUGGUGUUUCCCUCGGGGGGCGGGGGGAGAAA